AGCCCGAGACAGACGUAGGAUAGGAUCUUUCCUGGCUCGGAUCUUCCUCUUCCAGAUAGAAUUCUCCCAUCUGGUUUUAGAAACUGGAUCAGUGGAAAGAAAAAUCCUAAGAUGCUGGAAUUCCAGGAACGUGUCCAGAAUGCCAAGAAAAAUAGCUCUGUGAUGAGCCAAUGGCAUCAUGAUGGCAGAUCUGGAGAAAACAUUUGGUUCUGUCUGAGUCGCAAUAUCACAAAAUCCUUGAGGUUGUCUGGCCUAUGCCAUGAUGGCACAGACCCAGGAGCUCAGACCCAGGGAAGGCAGCCCUGGUUGGUAGCAAAUACAGGCCUUGGAACCAAGUGCUGGAGACAUAUACCCUGUUCUGAUCCAAGGCCAGAGCUUUCUGCCCAGCGUUUCUAAAAGCUGUCUGACAUGUAACUUUGCCUUAUCAGCAGGAAGAAAGGAUGACAGCGGGCAGUCUUCCUGGCCAAGCAACCAUCAGGACCCACAUAAAUAUUUUCUCAGUGUCUGCAUGACCGGAAUCUGCUGGCUGACUUCCAUGGGACAGUAAAUAAUUCAGAUUGGUUGCUUCCUGACCACUUUCUUGGGUGUGUUUUCUGACGACUGUGUUUUUUGGAGUGGUCUUUGGGGGAGACCUUGAUGAGGGCAGUGAGCCAAGCCUUUACUGGACUCUGAUGAUGACAAUUUUUGGUCAGGAAGGAAGUACCCAUGGGUCUUGAUGUCUAUACACUUGAGGCAGAAGGUGACUUUUACUCAGUCUCAGAGACCUUUCAAGUGGGGCCAAGAAUUAGUUUCAGGCAUUAGGGUGGGGUGAGGUUAGAGAUUCUGGGACCAAAGAGUCAGAAUUCAGCUCAUGUGGUCAAUUGGGUAAGCCUGACCAAAGGCAUGCUGGGGUUUUGGUAGAUAAGUCAGUGGGGAAGGAAGAGAUAAUACCGGAGCCAGUAUGGUCGGUCUCAGAUUAUUAGAGUGACCAGUUUUGGAGUUCUAAAUUCACGAGAGAGUAGGUUCACAAAUCAUAUCUAUUUUUGGGUGUUCCCCAAAGCUUCUGAGGGGAUGGCAGAGGGACUUUUGGGGAUACACCUGGAAGUUCUGGAAGUCAGGCUGUGGAUGCUCUGCCUGGUUUAUAGUAGGACUUCAGUUGACAGUGGAAAGAAAUGGGAAUGAAGGGAAGGGCAGGGAAUGUCUAGAAUAAACAUCAGAGCUAGAGAUUUAGUGCAUUUGAACCUCCUGGUGGAGGUGGAAAAGCUACUCAACUUCUAGGCCUUCUUUUCCUGUGGGAGGGCUCUUAAUUCUCUCUGUCUCAGACAUUGUAGUCUCGGGAUCGUGCAAAGGCCCAGUUAUGCAGUGGGAAUGCUUUAGAGCCUGCAUUAGUUUGACCUUGGAGAGAAAGCACAGGUCCCUGAUAGGUGUGAGGAUGCAGAACUCUAGAUGACUGGAACUUAGAGGGCCUGCACUCACCAGGUGUUGCCUGAAUCUAACAGUGGGAAUAUCUGAACCAUGCCUCUUGUUCAUCUUGAUUUCUGGUCUCCAGUCCCAUGUGGUUGCUCAGUAGGGCUAGGGCUUGCGAGGUCAAAUAUGACUUCUAUACAAUUGUUGGUGAUAGGAUUAGAGUCCUUUAAUAUACAGCAAUGGUUUGCCACUCAGGCAUUUUCUCAAAAAGCAGUGCAUAGGAGAUCGAAAUGGCGAUAGAGGAAGAUGUAGAGCUGGAGUUAGAGACCAAGACCAGUGGCCUGGAGCGGCCUCCUGAAAAGUCACAGAAGCAUGAUAGUGGUGCUGCUGACUUGGAGUGGGUCACUGACUAUGCAGAGGAGAAGGAGAUCCAGAGUUCGAAUCUGGAGAUGGCUAUGUCCGUCAUUGGAUACAGAUGGUCCAGGGAGCAAAAGGCAAAACAGGAGCGGGAGAAGGAACUGGCGAAGGUCACGAUCAAGAAGGAAGAUCUGGAGUUGAUAAUGACAGAGAUGGAGACCUCUCAAGCAGCAGCAGAAAGGAGCUUGGGAAACAUUGUGGAGGCUCUUAUUGCCCUAACCAACUGAUAAUGUGCAUUUUCAGACAUUCUGGACUGAUUACUGAAAUAAAGUGUUUUGCUAUG